UUCGGCAUCAAUUUAAACUCAGCAUACCGCCCCCUACCUCUCUGUCUUUUUUUUUUCUGUGUUUUGCAGUGUUUUGCAAAGUUUGCAUUGUCAUGCACUGAGUAAAUCUCUCUCUCUCCCUCUCUCUUUCCUUCUCUCCCUCUCUCUCUCUCUCCCUCCCUCUCUCUCCCUCUCUCUCUCUCUUUCUCUCUCUCUGUUGUAGGAAUGAUGUGUUUCAGGCAGCAGGGGAGUCCCGCGUGGCUCUUUUGUCUGCUUCUGGCGCUAUGUCCAGGGCGGUACCGGGGCUUGUCGGUCCGGUUCCCGAGCGAGGAGCCGGUGUACGUGAUCCCCGGCGAGAGCUUGGUUCUGGAGGCCCGGCUGGAGCAGGGCGGGGGCGAGCAGGUCGCCACGGUGACGUGGGAGCGGGAGGCCGAGGGGCGGAGCCCGGGGAAGGUGAAGGUGGCAGAGCUGCCGGGGGUCGCGCCCGACGCGCGCGUCUCCACUGAGCAGCAGGGGGCGACGCUGAGGCUGAGCGGCUUCCGCCCAGAGGACCGCGGGGUCUACACACUCACCGUCACCAGCAGGGCGGGAGCCAAGAGCUCUGCCGCACGGACUGUACGGGAGUACGAGGCGAUCCACCACGUUUCCGUGGGGAUAAACGUGUCGCACGCGGUGCUCCAGUGUGGGGAGGCCUGGGGCUCGGAGCCGCGGUUCAGCUGGCUGCACGAGGCGGGGGCGGUGCCCCCGGAGACGGGCCGCGUGUCGCCCGACGGCACCCGGCUGCACCUGGCCGCCCCGCCCUGCGGCCACUACACCUGCAUCGUCAGCAACAAGCUGGGACGCAGCUCAGCUACCUACAGCGCAGAGCCGUGCGGGCGGAAGGGCAGCGGCACCGCCGUGGGCGUGGCCUUCCUGGUCAUUCUCCUGAUCUGCGGCGGGUUCCUGGGGUUCCUCCUGUGGCGGCGACACAGGAAGUUGGGGAACAGAGCCGAGAGGCUGCAGGAGCCCUACGAGCCAUAGGAGCCCCGCCCCUUCCUGCCGCCCGCCCCACUUCCUGCCGUUGAUUGACAGGGGCCCUCAGGGUCAGACAGCACGCAGUGGGUGGAGUUUCCUGGCCCCGGUGACUUCCCAGAAUCCCCUGGAGGAGGAGGGGUUUUUUUUCGAUUUGAGGCCGUAGGACAAAAGGAGAGAUGCUUUUUUUAAAAAAUAUAUUUUUAUCUUUUUUGUAACAAUUGUUUUCUUGUUUUUUUUAUAUUCCUUCUAUAGAUGUUUUAAGAGACAAUGUACUGGCAGCUCUUUUACACAAAAGACUCGUUCAGUUGCUUAAAAACUGCCUUGUAUUUUUAUAUAUGGUGACUGUUGAGAAACGGGCCCCGGUCAGGAUUUUACAGUUUGUGAAUCAUUAUUUAAGAUAAGCGCAUACCAAUCACAUAGCAAGAAAAUUAAACUGGGUUGGUUGGUUCACAAAGUACGACCAAUAGGAACAAACCUUGCUCAUUUGUGUGUUCUACUGGGUGCCAAAUAGACAGGAACAUUGUCUGUAUUAAAAAUGACUUUGUUAAAAGACAAUAAAAGCCACGAAACGAUGCUUGACAGACA